AUGGACAAUGAGCUCCCCAUUUAUACCGAGGAGGAAGUCGCCACACACAGCACUCCUGAGGACCUCUGGGUCCUGGUCAAUGGCAAGGUAUACGACUUCACGCAAUUCCACCAUAGACACCCAGGUGGUCCAAGAGUAAUUGCACAGAACGCCGGGAAGGAUGCAACCAAAACGUUUCAGGGUGCACAU